UGUACUUCCUAUAUUUUGCUCGUUCUCUCAUUCCCCUUCCCGAAGGAGCUCUUCCCGCCUGCAGGGGGGCGUUAGUUGCGCGUUCUAACUCAGACUAACAGGAAGCGGGGCUACACUUUGAGGUGUAACGCCUCCCUCGUUCUGUUCGGGCAGUGUUAAGAUGGCGCCAUCAACCUCCAACUCACACGCUAAAGCAUUACUUAAACUGGAAGAUGAGAUUGAAGGGGAUCGAAUCGGCUCCCGCGACUAUCGCUUUUCCGGAAUUGGAGUGCCGGUCCCUAUUAAAUCCGGCGGCAGUGCUCCAUAUGACACUGAGAACGAAAUUCCUCCACUGCAGCCUCUUGCUGUCUCAGAACGCUCUGGCCUCAUCUUCGUAGCCCAUUCGGACGGGUUUUGUGUUGCGAGGACGCAUGAUGUUUUGGGGUCAGCCCAAGAGCUUAAAGAAAAGAAUGCUGGACUCUCUGUUCAGGACAUCUGUGUUGUGGACAUAUCUAUUGGAAAGGUUUCCAUAUUGGCCUUAUCCGGGGAUGACUCACUGCUUGCUGUUACUGUCGGUACUAAAGUCCACUUCUUUCCCGUUAGUACCCUACUCCAUAAGGAGCAAAACCCAUCCUUUUCAUUUUCAAUCGACGAUUCAAGUUUUAUCAGAGACAUGCAAUGGGCUAAACAUGAGGAGAAGAUUUAUCUUGUUCUUUCCAGUGUAGGGAAACUGUAUUGUGGACAUGGUCAAAAUCAUGCUAAUUAUGUAAUGGACAAUGUUGAUGCUGUUGGAUGGAGUGCCAAUGGUAACAGUGUUGCUGUCGUGAGGAACAAUACCAUCAGUAUUCUUUCGUCACAGUUCGAGGAAAAGCUAAGCUUGGUGCCAUCAUUCAAGUUAAUACUUAAUGACUCUGAUGCUGGAUCUGUAAUUAAAGUGGAUGCUGUGAGAUGGGUUCGUCCAGAUAGCAUUGUGCUAGGAUGCAUUUACAUAAACGACAAUGGUGAGGAAACCUAUGCCUUGCAAAUUAUCACAUGCAAGAAUGGUGAAAUUGAUAAUGACUCUUCUAAGCCAGUUAUUCAGUCCUUCACAGAUGUCUUUGCAGAUUUCCGUUCUGAUGUUGUUCCUUUGGCUAGUGGACCUCACCUCUUUUUCAGCUACUUAGAUAAUCAUGGGAUUGCAUUCGUUGCAAAUAGAAAAAACUUGGAUCAGCAUAUUUUAUUGUUUGGCUGGUCGAUAGGUGAUGGAACGAAUAAAAGUGCAAUGAUUGAAAUGCUGGAGGAUAGAUGGUCUCCAGAAAUUAUUCACUUAGAAAGUGGAGAUGAUAUUUUUGUCUUGGGACUUGCUAUCGACAAGGUUUCCCAACAGAAAGGACUCAAGAUGUUGCUUGGUGACAAUGAAGAAAAAGAGGUUUCACCCUGCUGUCUUUGUCUAUGCCUUUCUAGUGAUGGAGGGCUUUCAAUUUUUCGCUUCGCUAGUGCUGCAGGUGAUUCAGCUACAUCGCCAGUCUUUGUAUGCCCUGAUGAAAUAGAUAACACUUCUGCAGUGGCAUUGUCAGAAGUUAAGAAACAGGAUGUAGAAGACGGGGGACAGAAAUCUAAUAAACUAGAUAAAGGUGAAUCGGAUAGAAAAGCUGCUGGAGUUUUUGAAAAGAGUACUCAACAAUCUCUACUUUCCAAAGAGGAUUAUGGGACCCGAAACCAGGUUGCCAACGCACACCUGAACUUGGUGAGUGAGGAUCAGCAUAAACCUUCUGUUAUGAAGCUAAGUCUAGACAUGGGUGGAUUACAGUCGCCUCUUCAAGUAAAACAAGGUGAAGAUGUGAAUGACCCAUCAGUACAUGCUUCUCAGCCUGCAAACUCGGAAACUCUAGUUAACAGUUUAAGUGUGAAAGCAAUGCAUACAUCUAUUGAAGCCAAAAAUUGUAUAGGUUCUGUUCCUGCUACAUCCUCAAAUAAUUACGGCCAAACAUUUGGCAAAAGUAUACAGACAGAUCCUACAAUAGCAGUGCAAGGGAGGACAAUGUCAACUGGCUUUUCCAAUUCUGCAUCUUUUACUGGCACCUUAAGAAGUGGUCAUCCUCAAAGCUCUUCACUGUGGAGUCAGUCUGACACAACUUCAGUUGAUUAUUCUAAGCAAAGGGUCAUGCCCUGGGCCCAGAGCAUCAAGUCAUCAUCUCCAUUGCAGCAAAAUGUUUUAUUGGAGAAGUACUCAAAGCCUCAACCCAGAAGAAAUUCUUCCGAGAGGAUCCAGCCCAAGCAGUUUCACAAUGCUGAAGAGAUGACUAGAGAACUUGAUGACCUUCUACAAGAGAUAGAAGGUGAUGGGGGUUUUUUAGAUGCGUGCAUUACUAGCCAGGAGAGUUCAGUUAUGACUUUAGAAGAGGGCAUACAGGCUCUAUCUGAAAAGUGCAAGAUGUGGAGAGGAAUAAUGGAUGAACGGAAAUGUGAGAUUCAGGUCCUCUUUGACAAGACAGCAAAAGUUUUGGCCAAGAAAGUAUACAUGGAAGGCAUUUUCAAGCAGGCCACUGAUAGCCGAUACUUGGACUUGUGGAGUCGCCAGAAAUUGUGUUCUGAACUUUACUUGAAACAAGUACAUAUAAAUGAUAUGAGAAAGGUCCUAACCAAUCAGCUCAUUGAAUUGGAAAAACACUUCAACAUUCUUGAGAUAAAUGCUUUUGGAGAAGGAAAAGGAGGAAUGACAAUGAAUCUAAGAGGCUCACAAUGCAAUCAUGGACCAGGAAGGAAUGCACACUCCUUCCAUAGCUUAAGAGGAGCAGUGAAUGCACAACUAACAGCAGCAGAGCAGCUAUCUGGAAAUCUCUCAAAGCUGAUGACUGAUUUGAACAUAGACUCUUCUGUAGGCAGGCAAAAUGUUAGAAAGGAAUUGUUUGAAACAAUUGGAAUGUCCUAUGAUGACAACACCUAUAGCUCUCCUGGUAAGGAAAUAGCAUGGAGUACCCCUUUAAACAGGGAAAGGUCUGUUUCUUUAGCUGCAAAUGGGCAGUCCCGUAGAAAGCUAACAAAUACUGCAAAGAGUUCUGAACCAGAAACUGCAAGAAGACGUCGCGAUUCUUUGGACCGGAACUGGGCUUCUUUUGAGCCUCCAAAGACAACAAUAAAAAGAAUACUCCUGCAAGAAGAUCACAAGAAGGAAAGUGCUAGUAGCUCAGCUUUGUCAGCUUAUAAACAACAGUUUGGUUCUCAGUUACAUGAAAGAUCAACUUCUGCUGGCUCAAAUUUCUCUAGUGCAUCUUCAACCUCUUUUCAACAGAAACUCAAAAGCACUGGAUUUCCAGAAAUCUCAGUGGAAUUAUGUGAUAAACGUACUGCUCGUGCAACCCUGUGGGCCGACGACCGUGAAAAACCUGAAGGCAAACUUUCAUCAGCACUAAAGUCCUCAAUGCCAUCCCUGGUUGAACCCAAGUCAACCUCUCAUGAUCAAGGUAUUCAAAAAGGUGGAAAAGUAAACGAUGAAAGUCCAACCAGCACCACUCCUUUUCUUGUGAAUUCCGCACCGGGUCCAUCAAAACUCGCUCAGCAGUCUGAAACCAAACUGAAGAAGCCUUCCCUUGACAUCCAGAACUCGGAAUUAAACACUACUACUGAAUUUUCCUUCUCUGGUGCAAGUAGUGCUGCUUCUGCCUUUAAUAUCUCAGGAAAUUUUAAACAUAAAAGCCAAACUACUGAAACCUUAGUAUCUACUUUGGCUCAAUCUUUGAACUCUGCAUUCCCUCCUGCUAAAUUCGAUUUUCCAUCAAUACCUAUUUCAUCUAUUAGUUCCCCGUCUUCCACAAAUGUCAAUUUACAAACAUCAGCAUCUACAACUCCAUUAUUUACAUCCCCUACACCUGAAAAAAUUAGUUUUCCAUCAAUAUCAGAUAACUUUUCAUCAGGUGAACCAACAACAGAUGGCUUUACGUCCAUUCCUAAAGCCAGUUGUGGUUCCAACCAAUCAACCUCACUGUCUCAGUCAUCGCUAGUUGCUUCCCAAAGAAGUUUGUCUUUUCAUAUCUUGGAUCCUCAGAAUGUGGGGCCAUCAGUUGUUAUUCCUGAGAGUGAGAGACACAACCCUGAACCAUCGUCUCAAAUCCCCACAUCAAACGUUGAUACAAAAGAUGAUAUGAGUUCUGGAAAUCCACAAUCCAUUCUAAAUGUUACAUCCAACUCACAAGUUGGGAUUUUGGCCCAAUCAAAAUCAACGAAUGAACAUUCAUCAGACAUACAAUCUGCAAAUCAGACGAUCACAUCUGGCUUCUCAAGUUCUACCUUAGGUGUGGGGCUGAAUGAGAAACAGAAAGCGGCAACUUUCCAGACUGCCAAAGGGGAGAAGAAUGAUGAUACUGUCAGUACAGUCUUUGAGGAGGAUGAGAUGGAAGAGGAAGCUCCCGAGGUGAAUCAGGUAACUGAACAAACAUUAGGAAACCUGGCUGGGUUUGGAUUAGGAGUUCCUAAUAAUGUACCUAUUGCAAAACCAAACCCAUUUGGUGCCUCAUUGCCGUACAAUAUUGCCCCCACUCAAGCAAGCUCUACCUUCCUAAUGACUGCUCCUGCAGGUGAACUAUUUAGACCAGCAUCUUUCAAUUUCUCAUCACUACAGCCUUUGCAGCCUCCAACAAGCUUUAGUAGCAUUUCCAGUGGUGGAUUUACUUCUGGUAGUGUGAGUCAAACCCCUACUGGGAGUGGAUUUGGUCAACCAUCUCAGAUUGGACGUGGAAAUAAUGCAUUGGGAUCUGUUCUUGGUACUUUCGGACAGUCAAGACAGCUUGGAAGUGGACUGCCUGGAAGUUGCUCUGCAUCUGCCAUUGGUAUUGGAACUAGCUUUGUAAGCAAUAAUAGUAAUAGCUCAGCUGGCAGUUUUGGAGUUGGUGGGUUUGGUGGGGCCUCUGCUGUCGGUGGUGGCUUUUCUAAUUUGGCUUCAACCGGUCGUGGAUUUGCGGCCACUGCCACUGGGGGUGGAGGAUUUGCCUCUGCCGCCACGGGGAUUGGUGGGUUUGCCGCAGCUGCAACUGCAAGUGGGUUCAGUGCCACUCCCACGGCCGGUUCAGGUGGUGGCAUGUUUGGAGGUUUUAGCAACCCACAAGGUGGCGGAGGCUUCUCAGAUUUUGGCAGUUCUGUUGCUGCAAAACCCGCAUCUCAACUCUUCACUCAGAUGAGAAAAUAGUCUCAAGGAGGCUGGCCUCCUGACACAUGAUGGUUAUGUUUGUUUGUUGUAACGUAGUGUCUCCGUUGUUCAGGUCAAUUCAUAUAGUUGAUCGUUUCUGUCAGCCUUUCUUUAUGAAUUGAAAUAUUACUGCAGUCAAUUCAAUGCCAAAAUUUGUUUCCUUUUCCCCAAGUAUUGGAAAUGGGGGUAUGAAAGGAAUUAAGGAAUACAGAUAUAAAUGAAGAAAAAACAGUGAAUUUGUUCAAUUGCAUUAACAGUCAAUUCAAUUGAUCAAUUGCAUUAAGAUUGUAUUAAGAGUAUGGGUGGACACAUACUUGUUAAGGCUGGAAUUCCCACCAUUAAAGUAUUAUGAACCGUGG